AUGAGUUUUUUAAACAUAACCAAAUUACUCACUUGCCAAAUCAGUUCACAAACAUUUGCUCCAGAAGGCCACCGCUGUCGCAUACUCGCAUUCCCAUCUCAUCAGCCAUCUCAUCUUGGCAUCACCCCACCGGCCGCCGCUGCCCGCUGCUCUCAGUCGCGGCAGCCGCUGAUUUCCGGCCGCUCCGGACAGCCACGACAACAAUUGCUCCAGAAGGCCAAGGCCACGGAACACACUAGCUGGACAUUAAUGCUUUUCCAGUGGAUGCUUAAUCCGGCGUCAUCAAUGGCGGUGGUUUGGGGUCUGAGGGCGGUGUGGAUUGCGGCGAUUUCACCGAUCGCGAUUGCAUCCUUACCAUCAUCCAAAGUCGGCGUUUUUCAUCAGUUAUUUCUUAAGCUCAGUGGACGGGGCAAGACUAUGGACGCAUCCUCUAAAAGACUGAGUGUCCCCCAGAAAUUCUUUGGUCACUUUUACAUACUUGCAGUUGUAUGGACAACUUUUCUGCUUGUAGCCACGUGGCUAUAUGCUCACAAGACAGCUCCAAGAGUUACUGAGCCUGUGCUGUUUUCGAGCAUAUCUAGCCACUUGACUGGGAUUUCGCAUGAGUUGUUCUCGCGAAAAUCUCAUUCAUCACUGAACUACAAGUAUGGGCUCUGGAAAUCUGUGUUUCUGCUUUUGUUGAUGGAAAUUCAAGUAUUGCGACGCCUUUUCGAGACUAUAUACGUAUUCAAGUACAGCCCCUCAGCUCGGAUGCAUAUUGCUGCCUAUCUCACUGGACUAAUUUUCUAUAUAGCAGCUCCACUAUCCCUCUGCUCCUCUUAUGCUUUGGAGGUAUUCAAAUUUGUGGUGAAUGUGUUCACAGAAUUUGUUGUUAAGGGGAAGGAUAGAAUGGAAUUCACAGAAUUUGAUAUAUGGGACCUUGUGAGUCCGCUUAUGCAGCUCAAAUGGUACACGUGGGUUGGUGCAGCUAUAUUCUCCUGGGGUUGGAUUCAUCAACGCCGUUGCCAUGUCAUUCUUGGAUCUUUGAGGGAAAAUGACCAAAAGGUCAACGAUUACGAAAUUCCACGAGGCGACUGGUUUGAAUAUGUUUCCUCUCCACAUUAUCUUGCAGAAAUUGUCAUAUAUGGCGGGCUCGUGAUUGCUGGUGGAUUUUUUGAUAUCACGAUGUGGUUACUCUUUGGAUUUGUGGUUGCAAAUCUUGCCUUUGCUGCCGCCGAUACACAUAGAUGGUACCUUCGUAAAUUUGACAACUACCCUAAAAACCGUCGAGCAAUUAUCCCAUUCGUGUAA